AUGGUGCGCGGAAAUUCUCUUAGCGAAGAUUUAGAAUUAUUGAUUAAUAAUCCUCAAUAUAGUGAUUUGGAAAUUAAAUGCAAAGGUGAUGUUAUCCUUUAUGGAAAUCGUGCGAUCCUUGCGGCUCGCUCCGAAAUAUUUGAUAGGAUGCUUUUUAGAAGAACAGAAGAAACCUUCGGCAAGCAAGUUUCAUUUCCAAAAAUUCAGGCGUCAGUUAUGAAAGUUAUUCUUAAGUAUUUAUACACUGGAUUAAUGAUUGAAAAGGAUCUAACAACCGAUAACGUUUUUGAAACUUUACAAGCUGCUGAUUUCUUCCAAUUAGAAAACCUGCAAGAUCUUAUUUCUGAAUACUACAAAAAAUUGUGUGAGAAAAAGGAUGAUGAGAGCAAAUCCCCCGAGUUGUUAUCUGAAGCAGUUCGGUUAAUGUCACCUUUGGCUGAUAAUGGGGUCAUUCGUUAUUUAGUGGAUUCUGUUGCCAAAAUUUCUUUGGAUUCUAUUAAUUUUAAUAGAUUAUCACUUCAAGGUCUACAAUGCCUAUUAUUACGAAGAGAUGAAAAUAAGAUGUUUGAAUCUAGUGAAUAUUCGGUUUUUCGAUUUGCGGUUCUAACAGCUGCAACAAAAGUAUCUCAAGAAGCAUUUUCUGCUUUAGAGAAAGGAUUACCACCACUAAAUGAAGUAGAAGGAUUACUUGAAACUAUCAACAAUAAUAAUUUAAUAAAUGGGGAGAUUAGUGAAUCGAUUGCUAACACCAUGAAUUCUUUUAUGGAACAUAUUGACCUUAGAAGAAUUAAUGCAAAAAUUAUCGCAAAAAUAAUUGAACCACUAGAUAUCAUUCCAUCCAAUAUGAUUUUAAAAUUAUAUCGAUUUCAUGCUUGUACGGAAAAACCACUAUCAGCUUUUUAUGGAGCUAACGUUAAAUGGGACAAAAAUGGCUGCGGUCCAGGUUUAAAUAUUAGCAACGAUGGAUAUACAGUUAGUGUAUCUCAAAAUACGGAUAGUCAUGUAAGUGUAAGAACCAAUUACCUCAUGAGUAAGGGCACUCACGAAUUUCACGUUCUAAUCGAAAAAAGUUGUUCUUAUGCGUGGGUUGGUGUUUGUGACGAAAGGCUUGAUUUAUCUACUCAUGCUGGAUUACAACAAUAUGGAUGGGUUCUAGGUUCAGGUGGAUGCUAUCGACAUAAUAGUAAAUCAAGCAACCAGAAAAUUCCAAAUUUCACAUGGGAUAAUGUGGAAAUCAUUGUGCACCUAAACAUGGAUAAUAAGACGGUCGCAUUUUCAAUCAAUGGUACAAAAUACCCGCCUAAUACAUCAUGGACCGAACUUCCACCAAACCUUUAUUUUGUUGCCUCACUUAAAUAUCCAGGAAAGUUUAGGAUUUUGCGGUAUAUUCGAAAUCUUUGA